AUGGAAUUAGAUAGGAUUAAAUUGCGGCAUUUACAGCCUUAUUAUAACAUUAAAGUAUCUCUUACUUUAACAAAGUACAUCGGAACUUGGCCGCCGGUGUUGGAACCUUAUAGAACUAUUUAUUUCUUCUAUACUUUUUUGAGUUUUAUUUUUAUUCUUGGAAUUUAUUUGACGGUACAAACUGUUAAUUUGUUUGUAAUUUGGGGAAAUAUUGAACUUAUGAUUGCUACUGCUUUUUUAUUGAUGACUAAUAGUAUUCAUGCUUAUAAGGUAUUUGUAAUACUUAAAAACCAAAAAGGGAUUCAAGUUCUUUUAGAUAAGCUUUCAACAGUAAAUUAUUAUUCCAACGAAGAUAAAUACGAACGCGUGUUUACUUAUUACGCAUGGCAAGGAUUGCUUCACCAUGCAGCGUAUCAAAGUUUUGGAACAGUUGCCGUUUCUUGUUGGGGAGCAACUCCAAUUGCCGAUGCAAUUGCAGGAAACACAAGACGUCCGCCAAUGGAAGCUUGGUAUCCUUAUGACACAAAAAAAAGCCCCGCUUUUGAAAUUACUUCCGGUCAUCAAGCAAUUGCAGUUAUUAUAGCUUGUUUUCAUAAUAUUGGUAUGGACACUUUGAUAACUGGAUUAAUUAAUGCUGCGUGCUGUCAAUUAGAAAUUAUUAAGCAGAAUUUGAAAAAUAUUGAUAUUGAGUUUGGAGAUUAUUGUGUCGGUGAAAAAAAUGAAAAAGAUUUUUUGAACAAACAAAUCAAUCGGAUUAUUGAACACAGUAAUGAAAUUUACAAUUUUGUUAAAGAAAUAGAAAAUAUUUUUGGAAUUGUUAUUUUACUUCAAUUGACGGCUAAUUGUCUUAUUAUUUGCAUCAGCGCAUUUCAUAUUACACAAAUGACGGUUUUUAUACCAGUGGAAUUUUUUGGUAUGAUGGUAUACUUAUGUUGUAUGACUUACCAGAUUUUUAUAUAUUGUUACCACGGUAAUGAACUUGAAUUGCAGAGCGCAAGUAUCGGUACGGCUGCAUUUUCCGGCCAUUGGUGGAAAUUUCAUAAAAGUUAUAACAAAUCAUUAGGAUUAUUGAUCACUCGAUUCAAUAAAUCAAUUAUUUUUACUGCUGGUCCAUUGAUGAAGUUAUCUUUGCAAUUAUUUGUCAGUAUCCUUCGAAUGUCUUAUUCAUUUUUUACACUAUUAAAAAGUUCAACUAAUUAG